AUGGAAGACACAGUGAGUCGCAGCUCUGUGGAAUCGUCAUCUACUGGAGAGGACUUUGUCAUGGUCAAUGGAGAUCCCAAACUGAAGAUCACUGGAGAUAUCAAUGAUAUCAAUGAAGAGAUCACAGAUGACAGUUCUAUAGAUUUCAAAAUGGCUUCCACACCUGUGUCACCUGACAUGUCAGAUAGCUGUACCUCCAAUCAACCAGACCAUGUGAUCCCAUCCAGUCAGUCUGUUGAUGUUCUUAACACCCACAAAGUGAGCAAUAUGAACAGCAGCAUGGAUGAAUCCAAAUCGGGAAUACCAGAAGCAGAACUACACAUUAUCAAACGACCGUGGGAGCGCAACUGGAACUAUAUGGACAGAGGCCGAUCUGUCUCUUUACCAGUCACUCCUAAUGGUGAUGCUACUAUUUUCCAUGGAGUUACCUACCUGGGCUGUGCUACAGUCAAUGCUCCACGCAGUGAGGUGGAAAUCUACCGCAAUAUGGCAGUUCUCAAUGAGCAGUCCCAGAUGUCUAUUCCAGUGGUACUGUCUGUACCUAGCACAUCAGAAGGUAUUGUCAGACUGCUUGAUCCAGCCACUAACUCUGACAUUGCCAGUUAUCGAAUACACAGAAUCCUCUUCUGUGCCCGGGGUCCCACUGACAGUAAUGAAAGGCGUUGUUUUGCAUUCACCUGUAGUCAUGGGGAUACUGCAGAAACCACCAUCUUUCAGUGUCACGUAUUCAGAUGUGACUUACCAGAAGCAGUGGCCAAGGUGUUGUACUGUUUUGCAACCACAUUCCGCCGUGUUCCUAAGCAGCCUCGCAGUGAAUCCAUCAGCAGUCUGACAGAAUCGGAGCGAAAGUUCAUUUUUAGUGUUGGCCUGGAAUUUAAAGAAGAUGAUGGACGAAGUAACUUCUCUACUGUUCCCAGGGACAAGAGUUGCUUCAAGCUGCGAUGCAAUGUUGAUAAGAAAAUCAUCAUUACAGUACAACAAAAUAGUCAACUGGAAUUGAAAAUUGAAAGAUGUUUUGGUUUGUUGCUGUCUCCUGGUAGAAACGUGAAACAUGGUGAUAUGCAACUCAUAGAAAUGGAAUCCAUGGGUUCAAGUAGCGAUGGAAAAAGUUAUAUAAUUUCUGGUCAUUGGGACCCCACUGAGCCAAGUUUUGCUGUGCUCAAUUCUGAAACAGAGAAAGAUACCCGAGUAUUCCUUACUAUUGCUGUUGAUUUGGUCAUUUGUGGUAUCCAAGAACCUGUUCGAUUUGCUAUUGAAACCAAAGCUAAGAUUUUCCCUCAAUGUGAACGCUUUUGGUAUUUCACCAAAAAACCUCAGGUUGAACAGUUUCAUCUCAAGCUGAAACAGGAUCCAGAGUGGACAUGUCAGGAGGUGGAUGGAGCACUACCUUGUGACUCUAACUAUGAAGUGGUCAGUGUGGAAAGUCAAACAGACAUAGAUCGGAAGAAGGCUGGCCUUGGUCUCGGUCUCCCUGUUAACAAACAGCUCCAAGAAGAUAUUCAGACUCCACAGGAACCUGAAGAAGAAUCUGAUGGGGAUGAACCUCUGCUCAGUGGCUCUGGUUCUGUGAGCAAAGAUGUAAAGGAUGAGAAUACUUUGGAAGCAUGGCAUGAUGUGCUCACCAAGUGGCACCAGAAUUUAUCCAUGCGUCCCAAACAAGUGUCUACUUUAGCCCGUAAAGGUAUCCCUGAAGCAUUGCGUGGAGAAGUGUGGCAGCUGCUGGCUGGCUGUGAUAACAACACUGAACUGCUUGAGGCUUACAGGAUCCUAAUCACAAAGGAGUCUCCAAAUGAGCAGGUUAUUUUGCGUGAUAUCAACAGAACUUUCCCAGCUCAUGAUUUCUUUAAAGAGUCAGGUGGUGUUGGUCAAGAUUCCUUGCAUAAAAUCAGCAAGGCAUAUUCAGUGUAUGAUGAGGAGGUUGGUUACUGUCAAGGAUUGUCUUUUCUUGCUGCUGCAUUAUUAUUACAUAUGCCAGAAGAGCAAGCCUUCUGUGUACUUGUAAAAAUUAUGUUUGAUUAUGGUCUGCGAGAUUUGUUCAAGCAAGGGUUUGAAGAAUUGCAUCUCAAAUUCUAUCAAAUUCAGAGGUUUAUGCAUGAUUUGCUUCCAGAUCUGUAUACACACUUUAUGGAAAUGGGUUUGGAAGCCCACAUGUUUGCCUCUCAGUGGUUCCUCACUUUAUUUACUGCUAAAUUCCCACUUCAUAUGGUAUUCCAUGUACUUGAUCUUUAUCUUAGUGAGGGUAAAGAUGUCAUUUUUAACAUUGCCCUUGCUUUACUCAAGAUGUCAAGGAAAGAUCUACUGGCACUUGAUUUUGAAGGUGUCUUGAAAUAUUUCCGAGUUCAUCUCCCCAAACGAUAUCGCUCAGAGGAUGCUGCCAAAGAGUUGCUUCAGACUGCAAUUGGUAUGAAGGUAACAGUAAAACGAUUGAAAAAGUAUGAAAAAGAAUAUUUGGCACUGAAAGAACAGGAAUUGCAACAGGAAGAUCCCAUUGAGAGAGUUGAGAGAGAAAAGAAGCGAUUGUUAGAAGCAAACAUGCGACUCGAACAGGAAAAUGAUGACUUGGCACAUGAAUUGGUCACUAGCAAACUGACCCUCAGGAACAAUCUGGACGUUACUGAAGAACGAUGUGAAAUGUUGGAGAAGGACUAUGCUCAAGCUAAAACUAUGUUAAUAGAACUGGAAGAAGAAAAGAAAAGGCUGGAACUUGAAUCACAGCAGCUGAAAGAAAUGUGUCGGCGAGAAUUGGACAGGACGGAAACUGAAAUUAACAGAAAUAGUGCCAUCAUUACAGAUUACAAGCAGAUUUGCUCACAACUCAGUGAACGUCUAGAAAAGCAGCAGACUGCAGCUCGGGAAGAAGUUCAACGGAUAAAGAAUUUAGUCAAGUCUUGUGACACUUGUGGAAACAUGUUUGAUGAUUGUGGCAAACUGAAAAUAACUGAUGUGAAAUUGCAUCCUGAGGAUAUCAACCCAACCAUUGUGGACCUGGAGCGACAGGUGCGUGAGCUGGAACUGGAGCUGGCUCAGACCAAGCUGGCGUUGGUGGAGUCACAGUGUAAGACACAGGACCUCACCCACCAGCUCAACGCAACCAUCACUGAGUUGCAAGCCUCCAAGAACACGUGGUUCCAGAAAACGAUCUCAUCUCUCAGAGAAGCCACCACAAAGAAAGAUGCCAAAGAAUAA